UUCUGAAAUAAUAAAGUUGCUACAGUUUAACUCUCUAUAUAUUACGGUUUCUUGAAUUCUGUUUUUUCAAGUAUUCAUUACAAUUUUUACAUUCCGACAUCUCUCAAAAGAUUUGUGUAAUAUACAUUUUAGCAGAUAUCAUUUCACUUGCGAUCGAUUAGAUCUUGACCUUAGUUGUUGCACAAAAAUAAUUUAGACAAAAGUCAUACUCAGGACUAUAUGUAUUUAUGUGUUAUGAGAUGGGGAUUUUACGACCCUAUCCUCUUCUGGUGUUCAAAUCCCACUUUCUGUUCCAUGGUCUUGGCGGGGAUCUACGGAAAUGCAGUCAAUGAUGUCCUGAUAGGAGUCGAUUGGAAAUCCCUAACGAUUUCCGCUUGCCUACCGAUCACCACCGAUUAUUUCCCCGACAGAAGGGCCCUCAACAUCGACUACGUUGUAUCCUUGUACAACCUUCUGCCUGACAGCGUAAACGCAGACUUUGCGCAACAGCACUCGACGUACAAGAGGCCUUUGACGACGGUGGAGGUGUUCAGAGAGCUCGUAUCGCAACGUUUGUCCCAAGGCUUCCAGUUGAUCCUAAUGGCGGAUCCCAACAUCGAUCUGAAUAACAUGAUGUCGGUUCCGAACCCGAAGAUGAGGGGUUCCGUUGUGAGUAAGAGGCAGACGGAGAACGACGAGAGUUACUUCUUGUCCAUUGGAAGGUUGUUUCACAUCAUAUCGUUGUCUGGGAAUACCAUUUCUGUGACGAGAUACCGACCAAGGCAUCCAUAUCCAGGUUUCAACUACCAAUAUCGCUACAGAUUUCACGCACCUUGGCAUGACACUUAUGAAGAGUCUUACGCCACAUUCACAACUGAAAAAUUAGAGCAUUACAACUGGAAUUAUCUAGAUCACUAUGUUUGUACAGGAGGCGAUACAGAAUUCGUUUUGGUGGAUGCACUGAAAUAUUGGCGUUACUGCAGCUAUGGCGAGUAUGUUGAAAAAUGCAAAGCUUGUCCUGAGGAACUUACAGUCUGA